UUUUUUUUAUUAUUUUACCCUUUAAUAAUUUUUUUAACUUGUAAUUAUUACUGUAAUCACUAAUUAAAUUGGUUUUUUUUUUACUGGUGUCGCGAAUGCAUGGAAAUAAAACGUAUCGCUGAUUUUAAAGUAAGAGUAUCUGCAACCAAGUGGUAUGACCACUUGACAGUAUUUAACCGUAUCUUCAACUCAAAAUGAAAAGGAACUUUAACAUGGUCAGUAUGGUUCAAGCUAUUACGGUUCUGACAAUUCUCAAGAUGCUCGCUAAUGCCCAAACUACGUGUAACGGCGGCGCUGGGAGAAUAGUUUAUGAAAGAUUACCGGAUCAACAGCUACAAGGGUUUGAUGAUGAAGUGGUGAGAGAUUCAGCACCGCCAUUCCGUGUUUUGGAAAAAUGUCAGGACUUGUGUUUACGUGACAGGACUGCAGGGAAUAAUUUACCGCGUGCCUGUGCAAGCUUUGAUUUUCAGCCUGGAAGUAGAAUCGCCUCAUUCAGCGGUACGCCCGAGUAUGAAGAGAGCACGUGCUAUUUGACCAGAGAACAGGCUCAACCCGAGGGAAUUGGCAAUUUAAUGCUCGUACCCAAUAGCGUACACUUUACUGAAGUCUGUCUCACGUCUAAUAGAAUCGAGAGAGAUUGUCCAAACAGACGGUAUAUUUUUGAGCGGCAUCCAAGGAAAAAGUUGAAAUUGCCGAUGACUGAUGUCAAAGAAGUCAGUGCUGCCAAUAGAACCGUUUGUGAAGAGAAUUGUUUGAAUGAGUAUCGGUUUGUUUGCCGGUCGGCAACAUUUGAUUCUGCGAGCAGAAGUUGUUUACUGAGUCGAUUCACCAGGAGAACGCACCCAGAACUUCUGGAAGACGAUCCUAAUACUGAUUAUUUAGAAAAUACUUGUUUGAAUGCGGAGAGAAGAUGUGAUGGGCUGACGGUGUUUGUUAAAGAAGAAAACAGAAGACUUCGAGGGCCAUUUGAAGUUGACAUCUAUACAAACUUAACGUUGGACGAGUGUCAAGCUUUGUGUUUGCGCGCUGAAAAAUAUUUUUGCCGCAGUGUUGAGUUUGAUGAACAAACACGGCAAUGCGUUAUUUCUGAGGAAGAUUCAGUGUCGCAAAAAGAUGAUAUUGGAACGAGUAGUAGUCCAUCUUAUCAUUUUUAUGAUCUUGUGUGUCUUGAUAAUCCACGCGGCUCGGAGUAUCCGGACAACAGCGUGUCAGGUCACCUCUAUCCGGACGGCAGACGUCCAGACACGGCGUUCCAGCGUUACAGGAACUCACGUCUGAGUGGUGAAUUUCACUCGGAGAUAACCGGAAGGAGUCUCAGCGAGUGUUUGGAUGAGUGCCUCAGACAGACGAGCUUUCAGUGCCGCAGCGCCGUCUACUCCGAGCACUAUCACACCUGCCGUCUCAGCAGAUUCAAUCAGCGUGACGGUCACCGUAUCAUUUACGACGCCGACUACGACUACUACGAGAACCUCAUGCAUCAAUAUUUAGAUGGGGACAAAGAUAAUCCGAGCUACCGACCAGAUCCCGUAGGGCAGGACACUAAUUUCGGAAAACCGUUCCUCGGGCGACCCGGUCAUCCAGACGACUACGACAAAGGCUAUCCGGGUGGUUCCCAUGCCGAGCGUUAUCCAGAUUACUAUCCGCUCCCAGGAGACCGAUACCCAAAUAGCAAAUACCCAAAUCAAUACCCAGACGAUCGUUAUCCAGAAAAAUAUCCGGAUCGUUACCCCGAGCGACCGGAUCGAUACCCAGCUGAUCGUUAUCCUUCAGACCGGUACCCGCACGAUCGUUACCCUAUUCCUGGUGAUCGUUAUCCUUCAGGAGAUCGCUACCCUACGGGUGAUCGUUACCCCACGAGCGAUCGUUACCCUUUGAAUGAUCGUUACCCUACGGGCGAUCGUUAUCCCAGUGAUCGUUACCCAGUAGGUGACCGGUAUCCUCUAUCAGGUGACAGGUAUCCCGUGUCAGGUGAUCGCUACCCAGUACCCAGUGACCGAUAUCCAUCGGGUGACCGAUAUCCAGUAAAUGGCGAUAAUUAUCCACUAAUAAGUACACCAGGCUAUCAUCGGUAUCCUCCACCUCCGCCACCUCCGUCCGCAGGACAUCGGUAUCCUAGCGGACCAGGAAAUAGAUAUCCCGUAAGCAAUGCAGACAGAUAUCCAGUGAAAGACGAGCCUUAUCCGGCAACUGGCGUUCGCUAUCCGAUUCCGGAUGAUCCUUUAACGCGGUAUCCAACUCCCGGUUCCAACAGAAUACCACCAAGAUAUCCCAGUGAUAGAUAUCCAGACAAAGAGAUUUUUCCUAACCGUGACAGAUAUCCUGGAUCCUUUCCAAAUGGCUACGAUGAUGAUGUAAGAGGUACAAAAGGUUAUAUAGAUAGGCCGGGAUAUUAUCCCCCAGGAGUUCCAGCACCCGUACGACCGAUCGGAUACCCAGAACCCGCACCCGAUGGCUUCAUGGGCGGCGUCGGUUCUGAUAGCGAUCCAUAUAACAGUGUACGGCCAAUUGGCACUGGCGGCGGACCUAUUAUCGGGCGACCACCGUUGCUUUCACGCUGCGAUGAGCAAGAGAACUUUCGUCAAGUCAGCCAGCGUACUCGUGUCCGCAAGCCCUUUGUCCGCAGAUACACCACCGCUUCUACAUUGACCGAAUGCGAGCGUGAGUGUGCCGAUGCCAGAGACUUUGUCUGUAGGUCAUUUAAUUACAGGCCAUAUGCCGCGCCCUACGGCGCCGAGAGAGAUAAUUGCGAGCUGAGUGACAGAGAUUCUCGGGACAUGGCCAUGAAUAAUCCGAUUUACUACGACACUUCCUCUGAUUACGAUUUCUAUGAGCGAAACAGCGCGAGACAGGGUGCCGAUGGCGAAUGUCUAGAUGUCAGCCAAGUAUGCAGCGAAGACGGCAUGGAAUUCACAUUAAGAACUCCCGAUGGUUUUAUUGGACGCAUUUAUACCUACGGUUAUUACGACCGUUGUUUUUUCCGUGGUAAUGGCGGUACUGUUAAUGUAUUGCGUAUAAGUGGACCUCAGGGUUACCCUGAAUGCGGAACUCAGCGAUAUGGAGACACGAUGACGAAUAUAGUAGUGGUACAAUUUUCCGACUACGUACAGACGGGCAGGGACAAGCGGUUUAAUCUAACAUGUCUAUUUCGGGGUCCCGGCGAGGCAGUUGUCACCUCGGGAUACAUCGGAGCUGGCAGAUCGGGUUCGCCGAUACCUAUUGAGUACUUGCCAGCUGAAAACACCCUCAGUUCACGCGUUAGACUGUUGAUUCUUUAUCAGGGUCGCCCGACGACGACAAUUGCCGUCGGUGAUCCUCUUACUUUCCGACUUGAGGCUCAGGACGGCUACAACUAUGUGACGGACAUAUUCGCCACGAAUGUCAUCGCGCGAGACCCCUACUCAGGACGCAGCGUCCAGCUGAUUGACAGAUAUGGCUGUCCAGUAGACAACUACGUGUUCCCAGGACUGGAUCGGCUGCGCGAGGGUGACAGUCUCGAGGCACGUUUCAAUGCAUUUAAAAUCCCGGAAUCAAAUUUCCUGGUCUUUGAGGCAACCGUGAGAUCCUGUCGCGACGGAUGUCAGCCGGCUUACUGUUCCGGAAGCGCUGGCAGGAGUGAACCUUCCUUUGGUAAACGCAGACGUAGAUCUUUGAACGAUACUACCGAUGAUGUAUUAUUGGAUGAGCAUGAGAAAGUUUUGACGUUAAAGAAUGACACCAAGUUAAUAGAAGACGGUAACGGAGAUAGAGACGGAGACAGCAAACAAGAGCAAGACCAAGACCAGGAUCAAGACCCGGAGGAACAUGAAGAGGAACAUGUACGAGAAAUGAUUGAAGUCUUGGAUUCCCGUUACGACAUGGAUGAUUAUAAUGAUAACAGUAAUAUUGUACAGAAACGAAUAGCGCCAAUAGAAACAAUUUGUAUAACUCCGAAUGAAUAUUACGGAUUAGUAACAGCGAUUGUAGGACUGGCUGUUUUAUUAUCUUCUGUUGUCGUUCUUUCACUAUUAAUAUACAGAAAAUACGGAUACUCGAUAAUGCGCAAGAACAAAAGUGUCGACAAAGUAUUGCGUGGAGAAGACGCAUCGAGCUCACGAUCAAAUAAUUUUUCAUUUAUGCGAUCUGGACUCCACAAGCCAUUCCAAUCAACGUCGUUAAGUCAAAUUUUUAAUCACCAGCUGACGUCGACAGCGAUGGAGGGCGCAGUUGGAUUAACUGUUAAUCGACGGACCGAUUUCGAUCCCAGUGAGCCAAUCUACACAGAUCCAUCAUUGUUUGAAGUAUCGCCCGAUUCGUUACAUCAAUCAAACUCUGCGCGGAAUGAAAAUUUGCAUCUUAUAUGACGUUUAUUUGAUCUUGAUCCCAUUACUUAAUUGAUUAAUUUAAUUAAACUAAUUUUAAUAUUACGCAUUUAUAA